CGGUGCAGGGGGGGUCCAGGCGCGCACGGGGUUAUUAGACCCCAUGUCUGCCCUGCUCUUGGAGGAGGUGCUGGCUCCAGUGGCUGCUCCAAUGCGACCCUACAAUAACAAACCCCAGGAGACUGAGUCGCUGCUUGUCUCACCCCUUCCCCCCAGAAAUCACUCCUUUCCUGGACCAGCCCAGAGGCCCGGGGUUGCUCCUGGAUUGGCUGGUGGCCUCAGACCAUCCGAGGCUGGUGAUUCAUGUGAUUUCCAGCACGUGCUGUGCGGAUGAUUUUCUGUCUAUUACAGACCACUGCUGGAGUGGGACCUUUGCAUAGAGAAGUCGGCCCCCGUUUUGCUGCAGUGGCUCUCCCUGGUGAUCUGAGCGGGUCUUCCCGGUACACCAUGGCACGGCAUAGCAAGCUCCAGAAGCAAGUCUUAAGCUUGUACAGACAGUUCCUACGAGCCGGCAAAGAGAAGCCGGGGUUCUUACCUCGGAUACAGGCCGAGUUCCGGAAGAACGCCAGCAUCCCCCGGAUGGAUGUUAUGCACAUUGAGUAUCUCCUCCGCCGCGGCCAGAGGCAGCUGGAGCAGCUCAGAGACGUUAAUACCAAACAAAUGGGCACCUUUGUCAAAACUAAGCCGGAAGAGCGGUGACCCCUGCUGGCUGGCGCAGGCGGCUUUCUUGUACGGGGACAGUUAGCGUGUGAAUUCAGAGACGUGCCUUCCAGAGUCUCACAUCCUUGUUCACCCCUUUCGGUUUGCACGUGGGUCCGAUCACAGUGAAGGAAAACCAUCCAGUCGGUGCAAUUGUCCUACCUGGACUGGAGUUUGCUGGGAUAAAUGAAGCCUGGUUUAGGUGUCUUUACACCAGGGAGCCACUAGAGGGUGCAUUUGAGAAGCCGAGCUCUAUGAUUCUAAGCUUUUUAAUAAUUCAGGUGUGGAUGGGUGAUCUGGAGGCGACGUUCUUGUUUCCAAUACCUGGGACAUAAUCCGUUCCUACCCCUGUUGUCUCCUCUAGUCCAUCCUGUAGCUAAAGUCAAACAGGCAGAUUACCCAGAAAAAUAAAAGGGACAGUGGUGGGUUGAAA